CUGCGGCCGUGAGGGCGCCGGGCAGCCCGAGGGCUCAGGGUGCCGCUCCGGGAGCCCGGUCCCCUCCGCCGGCCCCCUCUCCCGGCUGAAAGGCCCCGCGGAGCCCCUACCGGAGCGCCCCGUCCGGGGAGUGCGUAGCGGGCAGCGGCGCGGGAGUGGUUCCGGGUCGCCGUAGCAGCGGGGAGCGGCGGCGCCAUGCGCUUCCGCUUCUGCGGCGACUUGGACUGCCCCGACUGGGUGCUGGCCGAGAUCAGCACGCUGGCCAAAAUAUCCUCGGUGAAGCUGAAGCUGAUCUGCGCCCAGGUGCUGCGGGACCUGCUGGGGGAGCCCAUCGAGUAUGACAAGAUCCUGAAGCUGACCUCAGAUGCAAAGUUAGAGUCAGGGGAUGUGAAGGCGACCAUCGCUGUGCUCAGCUUCAUCCUCUCCAGUGCAGCCAAGCACAAUGUAGACAGCGAGUCUCUGUCAAGCGAGCUGCAGCAGCUGGGACUGCCCAAAGAGCAUGCCACCGGGUUGUGCCGCUCCUAUGAGGAGAAGCAGAGCCCCCUCCAGGACAGGCUGAGGGCCUGCAGCCUGCGAUUGAGCCAGCUGGGCUCGGUGCGCUGGCGGGUGGAUUACACCCUCAGCUCCAGCGAGCUGCGGGAGGUCAAUGAGCCCGUGGUGCACCUCACCUUCAACGUGCGCGACAGAGAGAGCGAGGAGAUGACGGCUGUCCCUGUGACACUCUCGGCCAACAAGUUCUGGGUGCUGCUGGCAGAGCUGAAGCAGGCCCAGGCCAUGAUGAACACCCUUCUCUGAGGAGCCAGGAAAGGAGCCUGAACACGGCGGGAGGCUGCGACACUGAGCUGCGGGUCCAGAUUGGUGCUCCUGCCUGGGGAGGAGGACGUUCCCCUUCCCUCCGGGCUCCCGGGGGUCCUCGGGGCAGCUCCAAUAAAGUCUCGGUGACAAAGCUGA